UGGCAAUGCUCACCACUAACGAAACGGGGUGUUCACAACAUUCGAGUAAAGAAAAUUAAUUUGAAAUUUACGAAAAUGCCCGAAAGCGACGUGACCAAAAUGAAGGUGGCGGAUUUGAAGCGUGAGCUGAAGCUACGUGGUCUUCCCUUGAACGGCAAUAAGACGGAGCUGCAGGACCGCCUGCAGACCGCUCUACUGGAGGGAGAUAUUUCUCUGGAGGAUUCGGCCAUAGCGGAUGCCAUUGACGACGACGAUGUGUCGCUGACGGACGAGGAUGAGCACAAGCUGCUGGGCGACGAGAAUGACGAUGAGCUCCUAAAGAGUCCGGUUAGUACGCCCACAACCGUGGGCGUUCCUGACCUGCUGGCGGAGGAUAAGACGGCAACGGGCUCAGAAGCUGCCAUGCCCGCCAAGAAAAUAGUGCUCAAGCGAAACAACUCGCAGCAGUGCACCGGAACGGCGGCCAGCACGGGGACACCGCCGUCCAAGGAGAAUGAGGCACCAACUGCAGCUGCGGACGAUUCCACCGAAGAGACUCCCACCAAGAAGCACAAGCCCAUUGUGGUUGGUCCAAAAACUGAAGAUGAUAAGAUAUCCGGAGACAAGAAGCUCAACCAGUUGACCGCCCAAGAGCGAUUGGAAUUGCGGGCCAAGAAGUUCGGCAUUACGCCAGUCGCUGCUCCAACGGUGGCCACCACAGCGUCCACAGUGGCCGCAGCCAUCAACAAAUCCUCGAGCGCCUCCAUAACGGCCAACAAGGGCAACAAGGAGACGGAGGAGCAGCAAAAGGAGGCUCUCAAAAGACGCGCCGAACGAUUUGGCUGCGUAGUGCCCGAUAAAGCACCAAAAGCGGUGGUCGAUGAAAAGCUACAGAAGCGGAAGGAGCGCUUCGGUGCAGGAGUAGCAGCAGAUGCAACGGAAACCACCUCGGCGGCCACAUCGGAAUCAAAGGACGCCUGGUCAGAGAAGGCACGGGCACGAUUGGAAAGAUUUAAAACCGCUCCGGCCGCCGCAGCCACCAAAUAAGAUCACACAAAACUAAUUACUUAGGCAAGCAAAUACAUUUGUAAAUCCCUUCUAUAAUAGGAAGAUUAUGCAUUCAUACAACAAACCGUAAAGCCACCAAUGCUUGUAGCAAUUAAGGAUCAAUUCAAUAAACAUACAUCUCAACAUGUCCAGA